UCAUUCGGCUUUUUCCUUGUCGGCGCGAACAAUAAUAAUCAUCAGCGUAAUGAUAAAAAUCCAACUGUCUUCCGUUGAUGUUUGAGAUCAAGCAGCGGCUGCGAUGACACGAGUUGCUCACCCACUCGUCACCAGGAAGGACUUCUGCGGCUGAGACGGUCGCAGCUCCUGUGCGUGCGACGAGCGACCAGACAUCGCAAACCCCGCUUCUCAUGGAUGCCAGCAACGGGUCCCACAGUUUCCAUAGAAAUGUUUGGUUGCGCACACCAGGCGAGAUGUUCGCAGGAGGGCAGAUGAUCCGGGAGAGGCUACUGCAGGAUCCACCGGAUUCCUCGCCACCGACCGAAUGCCCGCUCCUUCGUGGGCUCUCCUCUGCUUGAGAUUGGUUUACCUCCCAUCAUCUUUUGGUCCUCCCAUAGCGUAACAACUACUUGUCCUUGAUAAAAAGGAACUAUUUAUUUUGUUCUUCUUUUUGCUGGCUUUUCCUGCCGGCAACGGCAGCCUCGUCCCUCGUUGCCGCCGCCACAAGCCUUCUUCACUCCAGGGCCUCCACAGGAACCUCCUAGGGUUAGACUUCGCCCGUUCCUAACUUUGGAUCGGUCCCAUGGCGAUGCUCCGUCGGAGAAAGGCCUCUCCUCCGGCCGAUGACCACGCUUCCACCUCCGCUGUCGGCAGCUCUAUUAAGGAGGAAGUUGGGGAGAAGAAGCAGGCCAAGGCGUCGAAGAAGGGCGGGAAGGGGCGAUGGUCCUGCCUCGACAACUGUUGCUGGCUCAUCGGGAUUAUCUGCUCCGUUUGGUGGCUGCUACUGUUCUCCUACAAAGCAAUGCCGGCAUCUCUCCCACAGUACGUGACGGAGGUCAUCACGGGCCCGCUGCCGGAUCAGCCGGGGGUGAAGCUCCAGAAGGAGGGACUCAGGGCGAAGCACCCGGUGGUGUUCGUGCCUGGAAUAGUCACCGGAGGGCUCGAGCUCUGGGAGGGUCACCAAUGCGCCGACGGGCUCUUCCGUAAGCGCCUAUGGGGUGGAACCUUUGGAGAGGUCUACAAGAGGCCCUUAUGCUGGGUUGAACAUAUGUCGCUGGAUAAUGAAACUGGAUUGGACCCUCCAGGAAUAAGAGUUAGGUCGGUUUCUGGGCUUGUCGCAGCAGAUUAUUUUGCUCCUGGAUACUUUGUAUGGGCAGUUUUGAUUGCAAAUUUGGCUCGCAUAGGUUAUGAAGAAAAGACAAUGUACAUGGCUGCAUAUGAUUGGCGAAUGUCAUUUCAGAACACAGAGGUACGUGAUCAAACACUGAGCAGAAUAAAAAGUAAUAUAGAACUCAUGGUCUCUACAAAUGGUGGAAGGAAGGUGGUGGUUAUUCCACACUCCAUGGGAGUCUUGUACUUUUUGCAUUUUAUGAAGUGGGUUGAGGCACCUGCUCCAAUGGGGGGAGGUGGUGGUCCAAACUGGUGUGCAGAGCAUAUAAAAGCGGUUAUGAAUAUCGGAGGACCAUUUCUAGGUGUCCCAAAAGCAGUUUCAAGUCUAUUUUCUGCUGAAGCAAAAGAUGUUGCUGUUGCGAGGGCCAUAGCACCUGGUGUGUUGGAUUCUGAUUUUCUGGGGCUUCAGACCUUACGGCACGUUAUGCGUCUGACUCGCACAUGGGAUUCAAUUAUGUCAAUGAUUCCAAAAGGUGGUGAUACCAUUUGGGGUGGUUUAGAUUGGUCGCCAGAAGAAAGCUAUGAGUGUAGCCCUAAGAAGCAGAAGAAUAAUGAUUCUCAUGCUUCCAGUAAUGAUGAUGGGGAGAUGGUUGAAUGUCAAUCACAGAGUGUCAACUAUGGAAGAAUUAUUUCUUUUGGGAAAGAUAUUGCAGAGACACCUUCAGCCAAGAUCGAGCAGAAUGAUUUCCGGGAUGCAGUUAAGGGAAACAAUGUUGCUCAUUCGAAUGUUUCAUGUAGAGAAAUUUGGACUGAGUAUCACGAAUUGGGAUGGGCAGGAAUCAAAGCAGUUGCUGAUUACAAAGUAUAUACAGCUAGUUCCCUCAUUGAUCUUCUCAAUUUUGUUGCUCCAAAGAUGAUGCAACGUGGAAGUGCACAUUUUUCACAUGGAAUUGCUGAUGAUCUAGAUGACCCAAAGUACAUGCACCACAAAUAUUGGUCAAAUCCCUUGGAGACAAAGUUACCAAAUGCGCCUGAUAUGGAGAUAUAUUCUCUGUAUGGAGUGGGAAUACCUACAGAGAGAGCAUAUGUUUACAAAUUAUCACCUUCUGCUGAGUGCUACAUUCCGUUUCAGAUUGAUAGCUCUGCCAAUGGCGGGCAUGAAGGAAGCAACUUGCAGGGUGGUAUUUACUUGGCUAAUGGUGAUGAGACUGUUCCGGUGUUGAGUGCAGGUUAUAUGUGCGCCAAAGGAUGGCGUGGGAAAACAAGGUUCAAUCCUUCUGGUAUUAAGACAUACAUCAGGGAGUACGAUCAUGCUCCUCCAGCUAAUAUCUUGGAAGGCCGUGGAACACAGAGUGGUGCCCAUGUCGAUAUAAUGGGCAACUUUGCUUUAAUAGAGGACAUCAUCAGAGUAGCAGCAGGAGCCUCUGGAGAGGAGUUGGGUGGUGACCAAGUCUAUUCUGAUAUAUUAAAAUGGUCAGAGAAGAUCAACCUACAUCUAUAAAUGCAGUUGAUAAUCCCCAUAAUGUUCUUGUUUUGCAUGGUGAACCGUCUAUGUUUGCUUGGAAUCAAACACUCUGGGGAUGAUUUGAGGAUGGCAGGAAGACAUAAUAAUUUGACCAGAAAUAGGAAGGCAAAGACAUUCAAAAGCAUGUGAUGUAUGGGUAAAAUUCGAAACUUGUGCUAUUUACUGCAGAAUUGUGAAUUUAAAUGCUGGUGCUGCCUUUAGUUGUUGAUCGAAGAGGCUUCCCUGAUGUGGAAAUCUAGCAUUUUGUGGAACAACACAAUUGGGGAAUAUGAUUACUUGUGUUGCAUGUAUCAAGUUUUUUUCUCAUUUAUUGUAUUAUAUAUUUGAGGACAGAUUGAAUAAUUUCAUGAAAUUGCAAACAGCUUUUGGUUA